GCUGGAGUGUGAGCCCCGGCGCUGGAUGUGACAGCGGGCAGAGGAGCGCUCAGCAGCUUGUGCAGUGUCCCAUUCGGAUUCCGGCAAGGGUCCAAGCAUGGAAUGCUGCCGUCGGGCAACGCCUGGCACACCGCUUCUCUUUCUGGCUUUCCUCCUCCUGAGCUCCAGGACAGCACGCUCAGAAGAGGACCGGGAAGGCCUCUGGGAUGCCUGGGGCCCAUGGAGUGAAUGUUCCCGUACCUGUGGUGGAGGAGCCUCCUACUCCCUGCGACGCUGCCUAAGCAGCAAAAGCUGUGAAGGAAGAAAUAUUCGAUAUAGAACAUGCAGUAAUGUGGACUGCCCACCAGAAGCAGGUGAUUUCCGAGCUCAGCAGUGUUCAGCUCAUAAUGAUGUAAAGCACCAUGGGCAGUUCUACGAGUGGCUUCCUGUUUCCAAUGAUCCUGACAACCCAUGUUCGCUCAAGUGUCAAGCCAAAGGAAUGAGCCUGGUUGUUGAACUCGCACCCAAAGUCUUAGAUGGUACACGAUGCUACACGGAAUCUUUGGAUAUGUGCAUCAGCGGUCUAUGCCAAAUUGUUGGCUGCGACCACCAACUGGGAAGCACCGUGAAGGAGGAUAACUGUGGGGUCUGCAAUGGAGAUGGGUCCACCUGCCGGCUGGUCCGAGGGCAGUAUAAAUCCCAGCUCUCUGCAACUAAAUUGGACGACACUGUGGUGGCCAUUCCCUAUGGAAGCAGACAUAUCCGCCUUGUCUUAAAAGGACCUGAUCAUUUGUAUCUGGAAACCAAGACUCUUCAGGGAGCUAAAGGUGAAAACAGUCUGAGUUCCUCGGGUACUUUUCUUGUGGACAAUUCUACAGUGGACUUCCAGAAACUUGCAGACAAAGAGAUACUGAGAAUGGCUGGUCCAUUAGCAGCAGAUUUUAUCAUCAAGAUCCGUGACUCCGGGCCCGCAGACAGCACAGUCCAGUUUAUCUUCUAUCAACCGAUCAUCCACCGGUGGAGGGAGACGGAUUUCUUCCCUUGCUCAGCAACCUGUGGAGGAGGUUACCAGCUGACAUCGGCUGAGUGCUACGACCUCCGGAGCAACCGUGUGGUGGCUGAGCAGUACUGCCACUAUUACCCAGAGAAUGUCAAGCCCAAGCCCAAGCUUCAGGAGUGCAACCUGGAUCCUUGUCCAGCCAGUGACGGAUACAAGCAGAUCAUGCCUUAUGACCUCUACCAUCCCCUUCCUCGGUGGGAGGCCACCCCAUGGACCGCAUGCUCCUCCUCAUGUGGGGGAGGCAUCCAGAGCCGAGCAGUUUCCUGUGUGGAGGAGGACAUCCAGGGGCAUGUCACAUCAGUGGAAGAGUGGAAAUGCAUGUACACCCCUAAGAUGCCCAUCGUGCAGCCCUGCAACAUUUUUGACUGCCCUAAAUGGCUGGCACAGGAGUGGUCUCCGUGCACAGUGACAUGUGGCCAGGGUCUCAGGUACCGUGUGGUCCUCUGCAUUGACCAUCGAGGAAUGCACACCGGAGGCUGUAGCACAAAAACAAAGCCCCACAUAAAAGAGGAAUGCAUCAUACCCACACCCUGCUACAAACCCAAAGAGAAACUUCCAGUAGAGGCCAAGCUGCCAUGGUUCAAGCAAGCCCAAGAGCUAGAAGAAGGAGCUGCUGUGUCAGAAGAGCCCUCGUUCAUCCCAGAGGCUUGGUCGGCCUGCUCGGUAACCUGUGGCGUGGGGACCCAGGUGCGAAUAGUCAGAUGCCAGGUGCUCCUGUCUUUCUCACAGUCAGUGGCAGACCUGCCGGUUGAUGAGUGUGAAGGACCCAAGCCAGCGUCCCAACGUGCCUGUUACGCAGGACCGUGCAAUGAGGAAAUUCCUGAGUUCAAUGCAGAGGACACAGGCAGACUCUUGGGUGGCCUGCAGGACGUGGAUGAGCUGUAUGACUGGGAGUAUGAGGGCUUCACCAAGUGCUCAGAGUCAUGCGGAGGAGGUGUCCAGGAGGCUGUGGUGAGCUGCCUGAACAAACAGACCCGUGAGCUUGCUGAUGAGAACCUGUGUGUGACCAGCCGCCGGCCCCCACAGCUCCUGAAAUCCUGCAAUUUGGAUCCCUGCCCACCAAGGUGGGAGAUUGGCAAGUGGAGUGCAUGUAGUCUCACCUGUGGUGUUGGCCUGCAGACCAGAGAUGUCUUCUGCUCCCACCUACUUUCCAGAGAGAUGAAUGAAAUGGUUAUCCUGGCUGAUGAGCUGUGUCACCACCCCAAGCCCAGUACGGUGCAAGCUUGCAACCGCUUCAAUUGCCCUCCAGCCUGGUACCCUGCACAGUGGCAACCAUGUUCCAAAACCUGUGGAGGAGGGGCUCAGAAACGGGACAUUCUUUGCAAGCAACGUAUGGCUGAUGGCAGCUUCCUGGAGCUUCCAGAGAUCUUCUGCUCAGCCUCCAAACCAGCCUCCCAACAAGCCUGCAAGAAAGAUGACUGCCCCAGCGAGUGGCUUCUCUCAGACUGGACAGAGUGCUCCACGAGCUGUGGGGAAGGCACCCAGACUCGAAGCGCCAUUUGCCGGAGGGUGCUAAAAACCGGAGUCUCCACUGUUGUCAAUUCCAGCCUGUGCCCUCCCCUGCCCUUCUCUUCCUCCAUCAGACCCUGUAUGCUGGCAGCCUGUCCAACAGGGCCUGGGCGACCAUCCACAAAGCACAGUCCUCACAUAGCAGCGGCGAGGAACAUCUACAUCCAGACCCGCCAGCAGAGAAAGCUGCACUUCGUCGUGGGUGGAUUCGCUUACCUGCUUCCCAAGACCACGGUGGUGCUCCGAUGCCCCACGCGCAGGUUCCGCAAGCCCCUCAUCACCUGGGAGAAGGAUGGCCAACACCUCACCAGCUCCGCUCACAUCACAGUGGCCCCUUUUGGGUACCUGAAGAUCCAUCGCCUCAAGCCCUCGGAUGCGGGCAUCUACACCUGUUCAGCGGGACCCACCCGGGAGCAGUUUGUGAUUAAGCUCAUUGGUGGUAACCGCAAGCUGGUGGCCAGGCCUCUGGGCCUAUGGAGUGAGGAGGAAUCCCUCCAGGUGAGGAAGGCCAACCCAAAGGAGGCCCUGCAAACUCACAAACACCAAAAUGGCAUCUUCUCGAACGGCAGCAAGGCUGAGAAACGCGGCCUGGCCACUGACCCAGGGAGCCGCUAUGAUGACAUUGUGUCUCGGCUGCUGGAGCAGGGUGGCUGGCCCGGCGAGCUGCUGGCCUCGUGGGACGUGCAGGACUCCACUGAAAGGAGCAACGCAUCCUCGGAGGAGGAUGCAAAUGCUGAGCAGGCGCUACUGCAUCUCCCCUUCACCAUGGUGACGGAGCAGAAGCGCCUGGACGACAUCCUCAGGAACCUCUCCCAGCAGCCCGAGGAGCUCCGGGACCUCUACAGCAAGCGACUGGUGGCCCAGCUGGCCCAGGAGAUCUUCCGCAGCCACCUGGAGCACCCUGACGUGCUCCUCAAGCCCUCUGAGCAAAGGUUUCCCCCCGUGGCCGUCCCACCUCAUAAACACGUGUCUGGCUUCAGCAGCUCUGUACGGAGCUCUUCUGCCGAGGCUGGGGGAGGCUCUCGCAGACCCCACCGCAAACCCACCAUCUUGCGGAAGAUCUCGGCUGCCCAGCAGCUCUCAGCCUCGGAGGUGGUCACCCACCUGGGACAGACUGUGGCUCUGGCCAGUGGAACCCUGAGUGUACUGCUGCACUGUGAGGCGGUUGGCAAUCCAAGACCUACCAUCAGCUGGGCCAGGAAUGGAGAAGAGGUUCAGUUCAGUGACAGGAUUCUUCUACAGCCAGAUGAUUCCUUACAGAUCUUGGCACCAGUGGAAGCAGAUGUGGGUUUCUACACUUGCAAUGCCACAAAUGCCUUGGGAUAUGACUCUGUCUCCAUUGCUGUCACAUUAGCAGGAAAGCCACUAGUGAAAACUUCACGAAUGACUGUGGUCAACACAGAGAAGCCUGCCAUCACCGUGGAUAUAGGAAGCACUAUCAAAACGGUGCAAGGAGUGAAUGUGACAAUUAACUGCCAAGUUGCAGGUGUGCCUGAAGCUGAAGUCACGUGGUUGAGGAACAAAACCAAACUGAGCUCUUCCCCACAGCUGCAUGAGGGCUCCUUGCUGCUCACAAACGUGUCCACCUCCGACCAGGGGCUGUACUUUUGCAGGGCAGCCAAUCUCCAAGGAGAGGUGACCGAGAGCACCCAGCUCCUGAUCCUAGAUCCCCCCCAAGUCCCCACACAGCUGGAAGAUGCAAGGGCCUUGCUCAUAGCCACUGGACCGAACCUCCCUUCAGUGCUGACAUCUCCUCUGGGAACACAGCUGGUCUUGGAUCCUGGGAAUUCCGCUCUCCUUGGCUGUCCUGUCAAAGGUCAACCCACCCCCAACAUUACCUGGUUCCAUGAUGGUCAGCCACUUACUGAUACCACAGGACUGACACAUCACAUCUUGGCAGCCGGACAGAUCCUUAAGGUUGCAAAUCUCAGUGGAGGAUCUCAAGGGGACUUCAGCUGCCUUGCUCAGAACGAAGCAGGAAUGCUUGUACAGAAGGCAUCUUUGGUGAUCCAAGAUUACUGGUGGUCUGUGGACAGAAUGGUGGCCUGCUCAGCAUCUUGUGGUAACAGGGGAGUUCAUCAGCCCCGCCUGAGGUGCUUGCUGAACAACACCGAGGUUAACCCUGACCACUGUACAGGAAAGCCUCGCCCUGCUGUGCAGCCCGUUGCCUGUAACCGGAGAGACUGCCCUUCUCGGUGGAUGGUGACUUCCUGGUCUGCCUGUACGCGGAGCUGUGGUGGAGGUGUCCAGACCCGCCGGGUGACCUGUCAGAAGCUGAAAGCCUCUGGGAUCUCCAGCCCUGUGUCCAAUGACAUGUGCACCCAACUUGCCAAGCGGCCUGUGGACACCCAGGCCUGUAACCAGCAGUUGUGUGUAGAGUGGGCCUUCUCCAGCUGGGGCCAGUGCAAUGGACCUUGUAUAGGACCUCACCUGGCCGUGCAACACAGACAAGUCUUCUGCCAGACCCGAGAUGGCAUCACCUUACCAUCAGAGCAGUGCAGUGCCCUUCCCAGGCCUGUGAGCACGCAAAACUGCUGGUCCGAGGCCUGCAGUGUACACUGGAGGGUCAGCCUGUGGACCCUGUGCACAGCCACAUGUGGCAACUACGGCUUCCAGUCCCGACGGGUGGAGUGUGUGCACGUCCGCACCAACAAGGCUGUGCCCGAGCACCUGUGCUCCUGGGGGCCCCGGCCCGCCAACUGGCAGCGCUGCAACAUCACUCCGUGUGAAAACACCGAGUGCAGAGACACCACCCGGUACUGCGAGAAGGUGAAACAGCUGAAACUCUGCCAACUCAGCCAGUUCAAAUCUCGCUGCUGUGGAACUUGUGGCAAAGCGUGAAGAGAGGGCACAGGGCAGAGCUCUACCCUGGCCACACAAAGGACUCACCCAACCACCUUGGACAGAACUUAUGCUUUCUUCCUAUUUAUUUAUUUGCCCCUCCCCACACACCCAUGUCCACCCACACCCAUGUUCCUAAGGAUCCCAGCAGCGUUUUCUCUGUCAGUUAGCUAGAGGACAGUGUUGGGAAGGGACAAGGACGAAUGUCUGAAGGAGGUUGCAGAGCAGGCCACGGAGCCCGCAGCAGCUCCCUUGCAGAGCAGGCUCCCUCCCAGCCUGGGUCUCAGAGACAGGGAGAGGCGGCCAGAGCCUCUAGGACAGCAAGGAGCUAGAAGGUUGGAAGUGUCGGGGCAGACAUGGGCCAACCAGUUGUGUUGUUCCUCUCCUCUCACCUCAGUGGUCUUAAGGACAUGGGGGACGCCACAGUAAGACAGACAGACAGACAGCCCGCCAGCCUGCCCAGAUUUCAGCUCUUGUGGAGGGGUCACGGAAGGGAACUCAGCUACGAUUAGGCAGCCCUAAAUGAGGCAGAGUAGGGCCAAAGGCACACCACGAUGCCAAGGGUGAAGGAGGGAGGAAAGCGAAGGAAGCUUGUGUGUGCUCUUCAGUGGAAGGGGCUUUAGGUCACAUGAGGCUCACGUGGGCAUGCCUGAGUCCCGGGCACGGGUAUGCCCCUGUAGGAUCAACGGAGGGGCCAUAUCCAGAGCAAGCUAAGCCUGCCCUUGUUGUAAUGUCACAGACACGCCCAGUCGCAGGACUAAGGAAGGGUCCCCAGUCCCCACAGGAUCUGAGUACCUGGUCUGCAGUGUGGCAAACCCAACAAGGGGUCAGUAUCUGCCCCUGGCGGCUCCGUGUUGUUGCCAAGGCUCCUCCAGCCCUGAGCUGACUGCUGCUGUGGGCAAAGGGGACUCUGAGCACAAGUGGGCCAGGCUUUUUAGCAGAAUGGCCUUUGAUGCUCUACUUAGGGCUCGGGUCUGGGAUUCGUUGGUCAAACUCCAUUAACCAAUCAGCUUGCCAGGGAGCAUCCACUGGGUUGUAGCAACCCUUCAUACCUGAGCUGGUCAGGGAACACAGUUGGACAGUGAGUGUGUGCAUGCCCAGUUUGUCCUGACUGUCCAGCCACCACCUCUAGGGUCUGUGGGUCCUUCCUGCAGCAGAGAGCUGCUUUGUACAUCAUAUUUCUACAGCAGGUGCAGAUGGGGUGAGGAGGAGCUAUUGCAAAACCAAAACAUAGCUAAAGACAGUGCCCGGAGGCUUUUCAACCCAUCCUCCUGACACACAUGUUACACACUUCUGGCAAUUAGGACAUCAGGCUGGGUGACUGGACCACUAGGCAGACAAACAGCACUGUGGUUUGGCAACAUGCAUCAGCUAGGGAGAAGGUUGCAGCACAUGCAAGAGGCAAAUUGCUCACUCAGCAGAGCAGCUUUUGACAAGUAACAUUCGCUUCCUCCCUUGAGCAGCCCGUUCAGUAGAGUGAGCUGCAAAGCCAUUUAUUCCUCAGAGAACGCACCCCUCACAAACACACUCAUGAAAUGCCCUCACCCCACGACCUCCACUGACAUCAGGGCUGCAAUUUCCAGUCAGCCUGGAAGUAAAAUUUGGGAGGAAGAUAAUAUUUAAUCAGUGUCCACUCUAGGCGAGCUAUGGACAAUUAAGGUGGAUCUCUUCCUCAUCACAAAAAUAGGUUCUAAGAAAUUUUGUUACUAAAAAUCAGUGUAAUGUUUAUUUAAAAUAAAAGAGAAUGUUUCUAUGUAUAUCUUUUGUGAAUAUUUAUUAGUAUUUCUUGUAUAAAAAAGUGCAAUAUUAAUAAUUGUACAUUGUCAUCCAGAAAAAAAAUAUUUGGGGAUUUUUUUAUUAACUUCUGCAACUGUGUUCUUAUAAACUCAGUGGUGAUAAUUGUAUUCUUCCUAUUAUUAAUAGAAGCUGAUGUUUAACUCUGAUCCAUUGUUCACUGUAUACAGAAUACAUUGUAAAAGCUAACACAGGCUAUGGGGGCAAUAGAAUCUAUUCCUUUGUGACAAUAUUUUAACAUGGGAUGGUGAAGACAAAUUUCAUAAUACUAAUAUAGUUGAUUAAUUCAAUAGCCAUUAACAAUUGGUGGUCAGUAUUUGCAUUUCCUAAAAAAAAAGCAGACAUCUUCCAGCUCUGCAAGAGGCCAGACUGUAGAGUUGGAAAUCAUUUUCAAAGCAAGUUGGAGAGCCUAGGUUUGGGGUGGAAAGCAGUGUGCUCUUUGCAUGAGCUGAAUGUACAUUUAAUAUUUGUUCUGUGAAUUGUGACUCAGCAGUACCACAAAUUAUCAGGGCUGCUGGAUAAUGUGGAAGGAGGCCCUUCCUCCUCUAAAACACAAAACUGUAUUUAUAUUUUUUUGUACAGAUAAUACAGCUUAUUUAUUUAAA